GCACCGCCAAUCAUCCAGCCGCUAACACACCCCAAGUGGCACUAUAGCAGUCCUGCGUCACUAGCAACGAGCGGCAUUUAUAACAAUGACGACCUGGAGCGACUCCGCUCCCAUAUAAUGUUUCCGGUAGAGAAACCGUCGAUGUUAAACACAAUCGCCCGAGGAGCACUGGGCGAAACCAUUCCAUCAGGCAGCAUCUCGAUGCUCAACCUUCUGGACGAGGACUCGCUCAACAAGAUAGCCGAGUCCGCUGGAGCAAAGGCCUGGAAAGGCUUUGUAACAUUCGGAUCGGCGAGCGCUGGAGUGCUCGCUAUCUUUAUCAUCAUACGGGUGGUAAAACUUGUGAUUGAUACCCUGAUCCAUGGCUAUGCAUUACAUUCCAUAUACGGCUGGAGCAUGCACCUGCUGGGUGCAGUGUGGAGCUCGGUGACCCAACUGCUGAUACAUAUCGGACGAGAACCAAAGGAUGGACCAUCAGCACCCGAAGAUGCCCCGCCCCAAACCCCUUCGUCGACAGAAGACCGCCCCCCUAAACCCGUGACAACGUGCGAAAGAGUGAGAAGUGAAACCAACACCAAUCCUACAUACACUUAUUCCGAACUCCGCAGAUACGUGAAAGACAGUCAACGUGAAGUGGAAAUAGUUUAAGAGUUCAAAAAUGUUAGCAUACGCCAACAUUUUAUUAUAAGGGGGGGGGUGUUAUA